AUGUCUGAGAGGCUCUCCAUACUCAACGACCCUCCCAAGGUCUUAGAAGGGCCACAACUCCUUCACAAGCUGAUACGGUGGGAUCGCCACAGUGAGAAAUGCGCUCUAGAUUUUACCAGCGGCGGUACUCGGCAACGAUACAUCUAUAGAGAUAUUCAGUGUCUUGUUGACUCUCUGGUGUUGCGGAUACAGGAGUCUUUACCCAAAAGGAGUUCUCAGACGGAGCAACCACAUCGCCAACAUAUCGUUCCAAUCCUACUUCCGCAAUCACCUUCUCUCUACAUUUCCCAACUCGCCAUCCUACAAUCUGGUGGUGCAUUCUGUCCUAUCAAUCUUGAUGCACCUCAGGAACGGAUUAAGUUCGUUGUCGAAGACGUCUCGGCGGGCCUGCUCAUCACAACUUCCGAGUUCAAAGAUGUUGUAUCUUGGGAAAACGGUCCAAUCGUCAUCCUUGUUGACGAAUUUCCCGUACUACCCAAGGGAGAGGUACUUCAACCAGGUGUGUCACGUGACAUGACUCCUGAGGACCUUGCCUAUGUGAUGUACACUUCUGGGUCGAGCGGAACGCCAAAAGGUGUGGCCGUUAGCCAUCUAGCAGUCUCGCAAUCUCUUCUUGCUCAUGAGAGACACAUUCCUCAAUUUAAACGAUUCCUUCAAUUUGCAGCACCCUCAUUCGACGUUUCGGUUUUCGAGAUCUUCUUCCCUUUCAUUCGUGGUUGCACUUUGGUUGGCUGUAAUCGAAGUCAGCUGCUCAAUGACUUGCCAGGAAUUCUCAAUGAAUUGGAAAUUGAUGCUGCCGAGCUCACUCCGACGGUAGUUGGAUCUCUUCUCCAAAAAAGGUCGAAUGCGCCGGGACUGAAACUGCUGUUGACGAUUGGAGAAAUGCUGACAACACCAAUUGUUGGGGAAUUUGGUGCCUCAGAGACAAAGCCAUGCAUGUUAUAUGGCAUGUAUGGACCGACAGAGGCGGCCAUUCAUUGUACCAUCUAUCCUGAAAUGGCAGCCAGUACAAAGCCGGGCAACAUUGGCGUUCCAUUUGAUACUGUCUCAACUUUCAUCGCAGCUGCUAGCACUGGCCCGGAAGAUACAGCCAAUCUAAAAUUCCUUCCAGUUGGGGAACUCGGAGAGCUUGUCCUUGGGGGACCGCAGCUGGCUCAUGGAUAUUUGAACAGGGAAGAGCAAAAUAAAGCAGCCUUCGUGACCUUCGAAGGUAGAAAUUACUACCGAACAGGUGACAAGGCUCGGCAGCUUGAUGAUGGAACGAUUGAAAUUCUUGGUCGAAUGAGUGGAGGUCAGGUCAAACUUCGAGGUCAAAGAGUUGAGCUAGGCGAAAUUGAGGAGGCCGUCUACAAGCAUCCAGGUGUAAAGACAGUCUCAGCGAUUGUGCUUGGUGGUGUUCUCGUUGUCUUUACUCUCGUUGGUGACGAAACACUGUCUGCUGAAGACGUGAUGAAGACUUGCGCUAAAUGGCUCCCUAAGUUUAUGUUGCCCAGCGAGAUCAUUCUGUCUCGAAACUUCCCUUACCUACCAUCUGGUAAGGUGGACAAGAAGAAGCUGGUGGCCGAUUACCAGCAACACCGAGACAUCGACGGCAGUGAAAGCGCCGCUAACCUGAAUGAGACAGGGAAGGCCGUUAAGCAAAUACUCGAAGAGCUUUUGGGACCCUUUCCAGCAAAGAUGCGCCUGGCAGCUAUUGGUCUUGACUCUCUCGUUGCUAUCAGAGUGUCAUCAAAAUUACGAGUGCUGGGAUUCAACGUCAGCACAGUUGCGAUAUUAAAUUGUGAUACAUUGAGCUCUCUGACGCGCCUCUGCGAAAAUUCUAGAACAGAACGUUCCCAAGUCUCAGACAGUCCUCAAAGGCACACCAUAGAAGACGUCGUAACGAUUUUGAACGGAAAUGCCAAGGAUGUUGAAUCAACGAUGCUUUGUACACCACUCCAGACGGCAAUGUUGGCAGAAACUGCUGUGGAUGAAAAAGCAUAUCGGAACUGGGUUGAGAUAGACCUACCGGAGACCCCAGAUAUACAACACGUAAUCUCAAACAUCCGCGCUCUUUCGGAAGCGAAUUCAAUUUUGAGAACCGGCUUCACGGAAUCUCUAGACUCGGAUGGUUAUGUCCAAAUCAUCUGGAAAAGCUUUCCGGACUCUAACAUCGAACAAGUCGCCAUGUUCAAUUAUGAGUUUGAUCCUUUGAAGGAUGCCUCUUUACACCAUCCUAUCCGAAUCCAGAUGCUCCAAAGUUCUUCCAGUAUGAAACUAUUAAUACACAUCUAUCAUGCUUUAUAUGAUGCCUGGUCAUUGGAGCUCCUUCUUGAUGACCUUGAUACUCUCCUUAUGGCAAAGCCACUCGCCAAACGUCCUCCCUUCGCCGAUGUUGUUGAAGGCUACGCUAACGGUAUCCUCAAAUACAAUGAUUGGACUUCGAAAGAUUACUGGAAAGAUCAUCUAUCACAUCUAGAUGUUAGACGGAUUCCGAGCUUCCACAGUCGCAACGCACCACCACCGGGGCUGUCUAAUACUCGCCUAGCGACUUCGAUUUCGACAUCAGAGGUAGAGGCAGCAGCCCGACGCCUUUCAUCCAGCCCCCAAUCUCUGUUCCAAGCUGCUUACGCCUUAGUUCUGGGAUCAUAUCUUGGUUCCGCAGACAUUUGCUUCGGCACAGUGUUUUCUGGUCGUACACUUCCCAUCGUUGGAAUCGAGCACAUUGCUGGGCCAUGUCUUGCAACCUUACCAGUUCGGGUAGACUUAUCCUUGUCUACGACGAUGCAAGACUUGAUUCGAGAGCUAAACACCACAAAUCGGAAACACCUUGAAUUCUGUGAUGUUCCUCUACGCGAUAUCAAAUCAGCCGGCUGUGUACAUCCUCGACAACUGCUCUUCGAUACUCUGCUCAUUUGGCAGCAAACCUUGCACGACCACGGCCAUACCAGGAAACACGUCAAACUGGUUGAUACAGUAGACAACUUGGAAUUCAAUUUGACCAUUGAAAUUAUUCCGAGUCCCGAAAACAUCGAAAUGAAGGCCAACUUUCAGCGUUCGCUUUUCCCCGAGUCCCAGGUCAAGAAUCUUCUGAAGCAAGUUGAACAACUUGUACGUGUCGUAGUUGAAGAUGAAGCGACGCCGUUGGAGGGGGUCUUCGAUAGAUUGAGUAGCGACGUCUUGUCCAUUGAAAAUGAAACACCCGAAUUGGGCUUAAAGGGGGGGUCCCUCUCAUCGCCGGUCGAGAGAAUCGCCGCUCAAGACCCUGAAAGAACUGCAAUAGAAUUCGCAAAAGCAAUCGGCAAAGACGAACUCGACGUUAGUUACGUGUCAUAUUGCGAACUGAACUCCAGAGCGAAUCAAAUGGGAAAUUACCUCCAGGCACAGAACGUCCUCCCAGAUGAACUCGUCUGUAUAUGUCUAGAGAAGUCGGCCGACUUCUAUACUUCUAUACUUGCCACUGCCAAGAUUGGAGCUGGAUACCUUCCUGUCACACCUGAUAUACCACCGGAGCGCCUUGAGCACAUUCUUCGUGAAGCGAAGGUCCAAGUUUUGAUGGCGGAGGCAGCUUCUAGACCUUUGCUGAAGGCUGUGCAAGGCCUGACUAUCGUUUACAUAGACGAAAUUAAUUUCGCGGAUUAUUCAUCCAAGGAUAUUUUAUCGAGAUCCUCCCCAAACAAUAUCGCUUAUUGCGUCUUCACUUCUGGGAGUACAGGCACCCCGAAAGGGGUAUUGGUGACCCAAGGAAAUCUUUUAAGCAACUUAGAUGUUCUGGAAGACCUUUAUCCUGUAUCCAAGGAUUCGAGAUUCUUGCAAUCCUGUUCUCAGGCGUUUGACGUGUCGGUCUUCGAGAUUUUCUUUGCGUGGAGAGUUGGUGGUUGCCUUUGCUCUGCCGUCAAGGACGUUCUUUUCCGAGAUAUCGAGAAUGCUACCAGGGUCCUCGAAGUGACUCACUUGAGUUUGACGCCAACCGUAGCAUCGCUGAUCGAGCCAAAGAAAGUACCGAAGGUUCAAUUUCUAGUUACUGCUGGAGAAGCUGUCACCCAAAAGGUCUUCAAUGCCUGGGCUGACAGGGGUCUCUGGCAAGGCUAUGGUCCCAGUGAGACCACGAACAUCUGCACCAUCAAUCCUAAGGUCACUAGAUAUGACUCCAUCAACAAUAUUGGCCCACCUUUUCGAAACACUUCGGCGUUUGUUCUAAGCCCAGAGCCUGAGUUUGGACUGGUGCCAAGAGGCGGAGAGGGCGAAUUCUGCUUUGGCGGAUCGCAAGUCUUUCGGGGAUACAUGGACCGAAGCCAAGAAGUUAGCAAGAUUAUCAAGCAUCCCAAAUAUGGGCGACUGUACAGAAGUGGCGACUUUGGUCGGCUGAUGCCCGACGGCUCUCUGGCCUUCACUGGAAGAAAAGAUGAUCAAGUCAAGAUUCGAGGCCAAAGAGUAGAAUUGGGUGAAAUAACCAAUUCGAUGCUUAGAUCUGGGGCUGUCAAAGAUUGUGUGACGAUGGUAAUUAUCAGUGAGGAUGGCACCUCGCAGCGAUUGGUCUCCUUCUGGACUUCAGGUCUCGAAAACUCCGAGAUCUUCGAGUGCAUCCACCCCAACCCAGAAAUCAUCAAAAAGUUGUACAAAGAUAUCGAACUCGCUCUCCCAGCUUAUAUGAUUCCUUCGUCAUUGAUCCCGGUCUCCUUCCUCCCCUCAACAUCACAGGGCAAAAUAGACAGACGAGCACUGAUCGGACAAUUUCGCUGCCUUAAUGCACAUUACCUGAAUCUGGCUUCUAAAACCGUGAAGUCUCCCUCAGACCAUACCUGGACGGACUUGGAACAAGAAAUCGCGACGGCAACGGCCAAGGUUGCAGGGGUCUCUUUGAACGAAGUUGGUCCAGAGACAUCUUUCUUCAGCUUAGGAAUCGACUCUAUCUCCGCGAUAUCAUUAUCGAGGGUCUUGCGACAGAGUCUUGACCUUGAGAUCGAGAUUUCAGACAUUUUGAAGCAUCCAUCAGUGGUGAGACUAGCCAACAGACUGGAAAUUCGUGGUCAAAAGGCUACAGCGAGUGAAAACACUUCUGCCGAUUCGUUUGAUUUCGGGUUUGACGAAAAUUUCCUCGAAUCGACGACUAGCAGAUUUGAGAAAGCUGGGAGAUCCGUGCAGGCUAUUUUCCCAUGUACACCGCUCCAAGAAGCAAUGCUUUCGGCAGCAGAAUCGUCGUCGGAGAAGCUCUAUGACAACCAUGUUGCUCUCAAUAUCAGCGGCCAGCUCGAGAAGAUCAAAGCAUGCUGGAGGGAAAUGGUUCGGAGACACGAAAUUCUGCGAACAUGUUUCGUGAGCACCGAUAUGUCAAGAUAUGUAUAUGCUCAAGUUGUCUUGACUGAUUAUGAUCUCGAAUUUGGCAUGAUCACAUCAUCGUGCGGGAGAAGUUCAGGUCGUCGAGAGUUUGAGCCACCCUAUGCAAUCGACGUGAUCAAAAGCAACGGAUCUACCAAGCUGCUGAUAUCCAUGCAUCAUGCUCUGUAUGAUGAGGUCGCUCUGAGUGUGCUUUAUGAAGAGGUCGAAAGCCUGUACCACAGCAAGUCCUUGCCUCCCUCAGUCUCAUUCUCCCCAUUCCUGAGAAACAUGGCCUCAAUGAACAUGGACGAAGCGGACAAUUUCUGGGGCACAAUUCUGAAAGACUGUGUGCCAUCCCGUUUCAGAAGAGCCCUACAACACUCUUCGAAGCAGCAGCGAAGCCAGAAUCCUUCCCGGAUUCAGAGAACGACUGCCAGUUUCUCUCUGAAAUGGGUCGAAGAAAGCACCAAGAAGAACAGCACGUCACUGUUAGCCAUCCUUCAUACCGCUUGGGCACGCCUUUUGUCUGAACACCUUCAAGAGACAGAUAUCUGUUUCGGCAAUGUUGUCAGUGGCCGUACAGUACCGAUCGAUGGGAUUGAACGUCUUAUCGCACCUUGCUUCAACACGAUUCCAACUCGACUCCAAAACAUUCAUACCCUCUCCUAUCUCGAAGCAUUUCGAAAAAUGCAAACCCUCAACGCAGAUUCUCUUCCAUUCCAGCUUACCCCUUUACGUCGUCUCCAGUCAAAGUUCAGUCCUGAUGGUUCUCGUCUUUUUGAUACCCUUUUCAUUUUACAACAGCCUCCCAGAGACCUUGAUUCCUCUAUUUGGUCAAUUUCAGAGGAUGACGGAGCCAUGGAUUUCCCUCUUGUUUGCGAAGUUGUACCGAAGCAUAGCGAUGAUACCCUUGAGAUUAUACUUCAUUCAUACACUUCAAUCUUUUCUAAGGAAGAAACAUUUGCUCUUCUUACUGGGUUUGAGGAGCGAAUCCAGACGUCGUUGCAGAAUCCUCGUCGCCAGAUUUUGUCCGCUGCGAUUCGAGACGAAAUAAUCACUGAGAGUGAGAAAAGGGAGACAAUUGAAUUACAGGAGUCAAGAACUGAGGAGUCAUUGACAACAAUGUCUGUAGAAGAAGAAAAGCUUCGGGACGUCAUAUCAAACUUCACAGAUGUUCCAUCUGCAAGAAUCGGACGAGAUAUUAGUAUUUUCAGAUUUGGUCUGGACAGCAUUAGUACUGUCCAGGUUGCAGCUCGACUUCGGAAGCAAGGCCACAUUGUAUUGGCAAGCGAUAUACUGGAGCGUCCCACAAUAUCUCAGCUAAGCACCUAUCUUUUACAGCUGGCCAGCAAGAGCACCAAAGCCAAGGAAUACGACUUCGACGCUUUUGAUCGCCAGCACCGGGAGACUAUCUGCUCGAAACAUAAUCUCGACGCUGGCCGAGUUGAGGCUGUCCGUCCAUGCACUGCUGUGCAGAAGGGUAUGCUUGCCCAAACAUUACACUCUGAUGGCCAAGAGUAUGCAAAUAGUCUGUGGCUCGAGUUACUGCCAGAGUAUUCGGUCUCCAGAGUGAAAGCCGCAUGGGAGACUGUGUGUACACAAUAUGAGAUGUUGAGGACCGGAUUCGCAUCAUUUGAUGAUCCGAAGCAUUCCUUUGUAAUGGUCAUUUACGCCAAAGAGAAUUUCUCUCUCCCAUGGUCGGAGGAGACUGAGGACAAUCAAACUCUGAGCUUGAAAAAUAUGCUGGAACGACCCUGGGCCUUGGCCCUUUUACAGGAGAAUGGCAGGUCCACAAUCAAGUUCACAGCACACCAUGCUCUAUACGACGCGCAGUCUAUCCAGAUGAUCCUCUCAGAUGUUGCCCAGGCAGCCGCCUCCCAAGCUUCCCCCAACCGUCCGUCAAUUAUUUCGCUGCUCGGAGCAAUUCUAUACAACAGCGAGGACGACAUCGAAGGCCAAAAACUCUUUUGGGAGAGAGCGGAGAACAAAAUCGUUGUCAACCGUUUCCCAGACCUCACUUCUCUUCAAAUUUCGGACCACAGAAGUGAAGUACGGGAAGUUUCUUCGAAAUCAACUGUCACAGAGCUAGAAGGACUCUGCAGACAAAACGGCGUCACAAUGCAAGCUGCUGCACAGGCAUCAUGGGCUAAGUUACUUGCUGCAUACAUUGGGGAGAGUUCAACAACCUUCGGAAUGACACUUUCAGGGCGCUCGAUUCACGAGGAAGCAGAUGGUAUCUCGUUCCCAAGUAUCGUGACUCUUCCGGUUCGAUGCGAUGUCACUGGCACAAAUUCCGCGCUGCUCUCAAGGACUAUGAACUCAAAUGUCUCCCUGCACAAAUAUCAAUUCACACCACUCACUUCAAUACAGAAGUGGGCUGGCUUCCCUGAAGGCAAGAUCUUCGACACUCUUUUUGCCUACCAAAAACUUCCAGGCAGCCUCGAGGACGUCGAGUUCCCGUGGAGAGUGAUCCGAGAGGAAGCUUCUGUGGAUUACGCCGUCUCGUUAGAAGUGCAACCUGCGAAAUCUGGCGAGCUGACACUUCGAUUGACAUUCCGUGUUGAUCUCAUUCCCCCUGAACAUGCAGAAUUGCUUCUCCGACAGUACGAUGCUCUUCUUCUGGAUAUUCUUCGAAAUCCUGACGGCCCCUGCGACCUUGCUCCGGACGUACACAACGAACUACUCUCAAUUACACCUGCGAAAGACUACGAUAUUGAUGGACCUGUCACACUUCUGCAUGAAUAUGUGGAACGAGGUGCACAGCAAUGGCCGAAUAAGACAGCUCUGCAAUUCGCAACGAGUCUCGAACCUGGCAACACAAAGAGCAGUUCGUGGACUUAUGAACAGCUCAACAAUGAAAGCAACAAGAUCGCUCAUCUGCUCUUGAAUCGUCAAGCCACUCCUGGGCAGAUCAUUCUAAUAUGCUUCGAUAAGUGUGCUGAAGCAUCAUUUGCAAUUAUCGGGAUCUUGAAAGCUGGAUGUGCCUAUGUUGCACUUGAUCCAAAUGCUCCAGCAGAACGACUGAAGUUCAUCAUCAGAGAUUCUGGUGCGAGUUUGAUGUUGAGUGCGGGAAAGCCUGGACAGAUGCUGCAAGGAAUUUUGGAUAGAGAUAUCAUCACGCUGGAUUCUCUGGAUAUCCUGGCAGGCUGUUCCUCUGAGCAACCACAAUUAUCUCGAGAUGUCACGCCUCACGAUGUAGCAUACUGCCUCUACACAUCGGGGACCACUGGAACGCCGAAGGGAUGCCUGAUCACUCACGAUAACAUGGUACACUUCUUGCGGGCAUUCCAAAGACUCUUUUCUGGACAUUGGAGCGAGGACUCGAAGUACUUGCAAUUUGCCUCAUUCCACUUUGAUGUCAGCGUCAUGGAACAGUUCUUCAGCUGGAGCAUUGGCAUCUGCGUUGCUUCCGCACCCCGAGACGUGAUCUUCGAGGACAUCACUGGCGCCAUCCAACAACUUGGAAUCACGCAUAUCGAUCUCACUCCUAGCCUUGCUCGCCUCAUCCACCCAGAUGAUGUACCUUCGCUAUGCAAAGGUGCCUUCAUCACUGGUGGAGAGCAGCUGAAGCAAGAGAUUUUAGAUGUUUGGGGCGAGCAUGCAGUCAUCUACAAUGGCUACGGUCCUACUGAGGCAACGAUCGGAUGCACAAUGUACCAGCGAGUUCCCAAGAACGGAAAACCGUCCAAUAUCGGGCCACAGUAUGAUAAUGUGGGUUCCUUUGUCAUGAAACCGGGCACUGAGCUGCCUGUUCUGCGUGGUGGCAUCGGUGAACUUUGCGUCUCAGGCAAGUUGGUCGGAAUGGGAUAUCUCAAUCGUCCAGACUUGAAUGUGGAGAAAUUCCCUACUCUCCAGUCAUUCAACCAGCGUGCUUAUCGAACUGGAGAUCUCGUUCGGAUUCUUCAUGAUGGAUGCUUUGUAUUUCUUGGUAGAGCUGAUGAUCAAGUCAAACUCCGGGGUCAACGACUAGAACUGAGUGAGAUUGUUGAAGUUAUCAGGAAGAGCUCGAGCGAUCUUCAAGAAGUCGUAACUCUAGUGUUGAAACAUGCCACGCAGCAGAAAGAGCAACUUGUCUCAUUCUUUGUCAAGUCAUCUCCUGAAGAGGACGGCAGCUUAAUCUCAACGAUGAGAGAUGCCUGCAAGUCUCGUCUGCCAGGAUACAUGGUUCCUACUCACUUCAUUCCUAUCAGGGCACUCCCACUGAAUGCGAACAACAAAGCCGACUCAAAGCAACUGGCUGCGAUUUACAACAGCCUUACCGUGGAUGACUUGCAGAGCUUGAGUCAGUCAAGCCAGCAAGACAAGGAAUGGACCGAGAACGAGAGGAGGAUCGUUCAGAUCUUGGCAGAAGCAAUGCAUAUUGAACGGUCAGCAUUGACUCGUAGUUCGAACAUAUUUGAACUCGGGCUGGAUUCCAUCUCAAUCAUUGGCUUUUCUCGGGCUCUACAGGAUGCAGGUCUGGAGAAUGCCAAACUCUCAGCCGUGAAGAACAAUCCUUCUAUUGGAGGACUUGUCAGAGUUCUGAUGGGAGGCACAGCUUUGGAUCAAGGACGAGAAAAUGCGUACGUCGCAGCAACACAAGCCAUGGCUGCAUUCUCUCAGCGGCACAUGGCCGAUGUGUGCGACGAACUUGGAAUUGAGAGCGCGGAUGUCGAGACCAUUGCCCCCUGCACCCCGGUUCAAGAGGGUAUGAUCUACAGAUUCCUGGAAAGCGAAUACCCGCUUUAUUUCAACAAUUUUGAGUUUCGUCUUGACCAACGAGUUGAUAAUGAGAAGAUGCUCGCUGCUUGGAACAACGCUGUGACUCGCCUCCAGGUUCUUCGAACCAAGUUUGUGUCGACUAGCGAUGGGUAUGCUCAAGUCGUGCUGAAAAGUGGUAUCGCUUCUUUGGAUGGUCCAAUCAUUGACUAUGAUUCUGCGGAGAAGUCACACUCUCUGAAGACGCCAUACACGCUCAGCCUUUGUUCUGUAAACAAUCUGACACUUCGGAUUUUCCAUGGGCUCUACGAUGGCAACAGUCUUACACUGCUGCUCCGUCGCGUCGUGGGGGAGUAUCGUAAGCUCGGAUCGAUCGAGUAUGGUCCGUCUUUCACAUCGUCUCUGCCAUACGGACCAUUAGCACAGGUACCAGGAGCCCGAGAAUUCUGGUCUUCUCACUUGGAACAUUGGACCCAUCAAACCAUGCCUACGAUAUUGGGGUCUACUGAAGACGUCGUUGCUACUGCAACCAUCGAUGACCUCGUCGGCUUCGACGCUCUCCGCAAACUGUUAGUUGCAACACCUCAAGCUGUGAUCCAAGCCGUGUGGCUCUCUGUCCUUCAAAAUCUGAUCUCAUCAAACCUCACAAUCGGUAUUGUCGCCUCCGGACGAGCCAUAGACUUUGAGGGAGCAGAUAGGGUCAUUGGGCCUCUUUUCAACACCAUUCCUUUCCACAUCAAGCUUCAACCUGGUACAUCAUCCGGAUCUCUGAUCACGAAAUGCCACGAGUUUAAUAUGCAGAUGCAGGAUUUCCAGCAUACGCCGUUGAAAAAUAUCCAGAAGUGGAGUCCGGCGAAACCGGGACAGUCUCUUUUUGAUACGUUGUUUGUCUUCCAGCGUCCGGAGAUGGAUAGCGAGAAAUUUGCGAAGGGGACUUGGACGCAAGUGGACGGUGGGCAGGUUGCUGAUUACCCCUUGGCGUUCGAAGCCAAUCUCAGUCCUGAUAGCAAGAGGCUUGACUUGACGAUCGUGGCUCAAGGUACCGCAAUCACCCAGGCCAGAGCUACGGAUCUUCUGGGGCAAGUUCUGGAGGUGCUGCACGAGACGAUCCAGAACUCUGGGAGGAAUAUCGUUUCUCAGCACGAUGGUGGACGAAUUGAGAAUGGAAGAAACGACCCUGAGGAGCAAUCUCAGGGAGCUUUGCUAAGCACCCCAACUGAACCUUAUACAUGGUCCAAUGAAGCACGCAAUAUGAGGAAAGAAAUUGCUUUACUCGCAAAAGCCUCUGAGGAGACCAUUGACGAAAACUCUUCCAUUUUCGAACUCGGGUUGGACAGCAUCGAUGUUAUCAAACUCUCAUCCCGACUGAAGAAACGAGCUAUCGUGAUCCCGGUCAGUGCCAUCAUAAAAUCACAGACAAUUGCGAGUCUGUCUCGCAAUAUCUCUUCUCGAUACAAUGCAGCCAAACGCGCGAGUGGGAAAUCCCUGGAGUCUAUUAGCCGUGAGCUUAGGACCUAUCUCGAGCACACCGGAAAGCUGCCGGUAGACGUCGAGACUGUCUUGCCUGCAACACCAUUGCAGCAGAGCAUGGUCAACGAGAUGAUCAAAUCCGGAUAUACGAGAUACUUCAACGUCGAUGGCUUCAAGUUAGCAGACAACGUCAAUAAGGAGAAGUUGAUGGCAGCUGUGAAGAAGGUGAUUGAGCAGUCGCCAAUUCUGCGAACGACUUUCGUGGAGAUUGGUGAUCCCAGAUUGCCACUCAGCUAUGCUCAAAUCGUUCAGAAGAAGCUCAAUUCUUCAACUGAGAACUUUUCAACCCGCAUUUUGAGACCGGGUGAAGAGUUUGAGGACUUUAUGGGUCGCUUCAAAGCCGAAUCCACGGCUUUGGCAAUUGAGAAGCAGGUACUAUUGCAGGUGCAUUGCGUUUCCGCAGAACAGUCCAAAUAUUUGGUGAUUGCCAUUUCUCAUGCACUGUAUGAUGGAACAUCUCUCCGCUCCAUUCACGAUGAUAUCCAGCGAACCUAUCACGGAGAGUUGAAGCCUCGACCAGAGUUCAUGCCGUUCUUGGAAGAGGUCUUCCAAUCAACAACCGAGGAAGCAAAGAAAUUCUGGAGGACAACUUUGUCAAACCUCCCCCCUGCAAGAUUCCCUCGAGAGGAGCUCUUUGAUGAUCUGGAUGGGAGUCAGAGCACGAGAUCGGAAAGGCGCUCUCGAGUUCCACUCCAGAAGAUCGAGCAACUUUGCAAAUUUUCAAGAAUCACCAUGCAAACCCUGGGACAGACUUGCUGGGCUCUCGUUCUGGCUCACCUGAUGGGCCAGCUCGAUGUCGUCUUUGGCUCUGUCCUCUCGUGUCGUGAUUCGGAAGACGCCAAUGAGGUUAUGUUUCCUUUGAUGAAUACUGUGGCUGUGAGAUCGGUACUUCAUGGAAGGUUACUCGACAUGCUGAAGUACAUGCAAGAGAUGAGCGAUAUGACAAGAGGUUAUCAGCAUUUCCCACUGGGGACCGCGCAAGCGUAUGCUCUGGCUUCAAGGCAGGGCCAAACCUCAACCAAGGAUACGGCACUAUUCGAUACUCUGUUCAUCUACCAAGGUCGCCGUUCGACAACCGGAAGUGAUCGGCUGUACGAGUCAGUUUACGGGGCUUCCGAUGUCGAGUUUCUAGUCUGUGCCGAAAUGGAGAUUGUUGAGGAUGAAUAUGUCUCAUGGACAACGGCUUGCAAGUCAGUUGCUGCCACAGAUCCAGAAGGGAUCAUCGAUGCACUCGAGAGUGUUCUCGAGCAUAUUAUUGGCAAUCCCGGGACUCAAACAAUCAUCACAGAUCCGGAGGGCAUUUCAGUCUGCGGUUUGCCGAAAUUCAAGAAAUCUGAGACCAAGACAGCGCCUGCUGGUACUCAGCCAAUAAAUGGUGUCGACGGUGAAUGGUCGAGUACGGAGGUCACAAUUCGCAAAGCCCUUCAUGAGAUCUCAGAUGUUCCUGAGGAUGCGAUUCGCAAGGACUCAACUAUUUUUCAUCUCGGUCUUGACUCGAUACUGGUCCUCAAGCUUCCUGCUCUUCUCAAGAAAUGUGGCAUCAAGCUUAGUGUUUCUGAUAUCCUCAGGGAACAGACAGUGUAUGGUAUGGCGAACGCUGCACAGGGUUCGAAAUCAGACGUCAACGGGACUCUAGAUGUUGACUCCAUCCUCGCAGCUGCGGUGCCUGCUGAAGAAUUAUCUUCUGCGCUUCUCGAACUCGAGAAAGAGGUAGGAGAGAUUCAGUACAUCAUGCCUGCGACGGCUGGAGAGUUGUUUAUGAUCAGACAAUGGCAAGCUUCUCAAGGAGCUAUGUUCUAUCAAACUUUCAUCUACUCUCUAUCUGGGCCAAUCGAUAGGUCGAAGUUUGAGACAGCUUGGAGUGAGCUUCUGGGACGGCAUGAUAUCCUUCGGACUGGCUUCUUGGAACUUGGUACAGAUAUUGCGCAGGUUGUGUUCAAGAACCCUAUGAAUGAGGUGAUCUAUCAUCCAGAGAGAAGUGACUCAAAGAUUCGGAAGCAUCGAAAAGACCUGAGGCUCCCUCCUGUGAACUUGGUGGUGGAGGGAGCUGAAGCUUCAUCAUCCAUAGUGAAGAUAAUGCUUCAUCAUGCUCUGUAUGACGGCAUCAGUCUCCCAAUCUUGAUAAAGGAGUUCCAGUCUUUGUACCGAGGAAAGGCUGUGACGGAAACUUCACAUGGAUUUAAAUCAUUCAUCGCUCAGUCAGUCUCAGCGUCAUCCCCGAAUUCGAUGCAGGAGAAAUGGAAGUCAUAUCUAAACCACUGUACACUAUUUCCGAGUCGCAGCACCGACGAUACCGCAUUUACGAAGAGCAAGAAGCGAAUGGAAGUCUUCCAUCCCCUAAACCAAGUAUCAAAUAUCAAGCAACUCGCUCAAGACUCAGGAGUCAGCAUCGACGCCCUAUUCCUCGCAGCAGCUUCCAAGAUCUACGCUUCCAAACUUCCUUCCGACUCUGCCACCCAAGUCGUCUUUGGCAUCUACCUCGCAAACCGGUCCCCCUUCGGGGAAGACCUUUCAAAUCUAGUAGCACCAACACUCAACCUCUUGCCGCUUCGUGUGCAAGAUCCGCUUUCUAGAACUAUUCCAGAGCUUGCGAAAGUGAUACAGAAAGACAUCCACAUGAUUAGCAGCAAAGAAAUGGUGUCUGCUUCACUGGCUGAUAUUUACACCUGGACUGGGGUGCGAGUAAAUUUCUUCGUCAAUAUUUUGAAGUCUGCCAAUCCUGGAAUUAAAUCGAAGCAAGAAAGCAAGAGAGAGGAGUGGAUCGCAGUACAAGAUCUGGGAAAGAGAGCAGAGGUUGUGGAUGAAGUUGUGAAUGAGGAUAUAAAGGUCCCGAGCGACGGAAGGUGUGAUGCUUAUUUGUCAUCAGUUGAUCUAGAGUUCAGAUAUCACAGGGAUGAUAACAAACUGGAUGUGGGUGUUUUCGCGCCUACGGAGAUGCUGCCAGUUGAGGAGGCGGAGUCCAUGAUUGGGGAGUUUCUGAGGGUCUUUGAGUGA